CGACACCCAACCACUUACACAAACCAAACUUCGACAUGGCACCUGGAUUGAUUGUUGGUUUGAACAAGGGCAAGUCUUUGACCAAGCGUCAGCUUCCUGAGCGCCCUUCCCGUCGUAAGGGUCGUCAAGCUAAGCGCACCACUUUCGUCCGCUCUAUCGUUCGUGAGGUCGCUGGUUUCGCUCCCUACGAGCGUCGUUUGAUGGAGUUGAUCCGUAACUCCCAAGACAAGCGUGCUCGUAAGCUCGCCAAGAAGAGACUCGGUACUUUGGGUCGUGCCAAGGCCAAGAUCGAGGAGCUUUCCUCCGUCAUCCAAAGCUCUCGUUUGGCUCACUAGAUCCUCCAAUGUAUGCCGUUCGAGUGAAAUUCUAUGUUGUGGGGGUGUUAUGUGGGAUUCGUAAUUUUGUGUGAGAUAUGUGUCAUUGUGUUGUGGGGGUUAUGAUGCAGCGCUUAUGU